AUGGCCAAAGAUUUCACCCUCACCACAUUUUCCCUAAAAGCCAUAGUGCUCCACCUCUCCCUCUUUGGCAUCACCCAAACAGAUAAGGUCUUCACCAAGGGGAAUGCUCAAGCCCCUAAGAGUAAUGCAUCCAACACACAUCCCUUCACCUUCUUUAUGCAUGAUAUCCUAGGUGGAUCAACCCCUUCAGAAAGAAUUGUGGCUGGCACCAUUGUAAACACUCAAACCACUAACCUUCCUUUCUCAAAACCCUAUAAUAGGGUCUUCCCCUUUAAAGGUGGCAAACCAUUAGUUGAUGCCAGCAAUAGCAUUGGUACUAAUCCUGAACCCACAAGCACCAUGGUGAUAAAAAACAUUGACAAAAACAAGGUCAUUAUUGAUAGGAACUCACUUCCAUAUGUUACGCCAAAUCAACUCCCACUAGGAGCAACACUAGAGAAGUUUUUGUUCGGAAGAAUAACAGUGAUUGAUGAUGAAAUUACAAAAGAUCAGGGGUCAGUGGUUAUUGGUAAAGCACAGGGAUUUCAUUUGGCUAGCUCAUUGGAUGGAAGCAGCCGAACCAUGGCAUUUACAACUUUGUUUCAUAGUGAAGGUCAUGAUGAAGAGGAUUCUAUUAGUUUCUUUGGGGUACAUAGAACGGGUAUACAAGAGUCUUAUAUUGUUGUAGUUGGAGGAACUGGAAAAUAUGACAGUGCAAAAGGGUAUGCGAAAAUUGAGACGCUCAAUUUACCUGAACAGCACAUAACAAAUGGGGUGGAAACACUUCUUCAGAUUACUGUCUACAUAAGCUAG